AUGAGCGAUCUCCUGAACUACAUCCUCAAAAAUGAGGAUGCAUUCCGAAGAAAUCGCCUUCCAUCUCUCUAUUCCGACUUCACAACCCAAAAGAAGACAAAUCCAGACGGCUACGCCGUGAACAUCGCCGCAUGGGAAGCAGCACUGAACCGUGCCGCGAAGCGCGGAUAUACCUCAUCGCGCGGUGUGCGUGUACGCUCUGGAUCAGUGACAUCGGAUAAGAAUGUCUCAAUGCAGCGGAAGAAGACGGAUCACCUUCUUCUACGUACGGACGAGUCAUUGGCGAGAGAUCUGGAGCUUCCAGAGUGGGGGAGGCCUGUCGCACUUGGCGCUGUAUUUGACGAAGCAAUGCGCAAACGCACCAUGAUUCCCUUGUCGGUGUACAAAACUACUCCGGGUUGCUUGCGCAAGAACCAGUGGCGGUUAAUAGAUCCCGCAGCCUUGAGUCCGUGGAAUGUUAUGAGCUGGGGCGUUCGUCAGUUGAAGGGGUUUGUGAUUGGAGAGGGAGAAUCGGCGCCCAAGAUACAGGUGCAAGAGUUGGUGUUGGUGGAGAACAUGGAGGAAGCGGGUGAUUUGGUGAUCAAGAAAGCCACUGGCGGCAGGCCGUCCAAAUUAGAUCUAAUCUGGUCCAAAGAAAGCUUUAUUGAAGAAUACUCGACGAUACUGCAUGAUGCUACAGAACUCUCGGACUCGGACUUUGAUGUUCUUUUGCUCUAUCUUUCCCGCGACUGCGGGGCCAUUGCAUAUGAUGGCAGGACUAUCAAGUUCAAGUCAACAGACGAACCAGCUGAGAUCACACAGCAGGACACGACUAUUGCCUCAAUCAAGACGCUUAUAUCGACGAUAUCGAAGCAAGUUACCGAUAUGGAGUCGAAAAUUGCGGAGCUAACCCAGUCUGCGAAGACGGCAUUGACCAACAAGAAUAGGAUUUCUGCUCUUUCGGCAGUCCGGUCAAAGAAGCUAGUGGAGCAUAAUCUUUCUCAGCGGCUCGGUACCCUCGCACAAUUGGAAGAGGUAUAUUUCAAGAUCGAGGGCGCUGCGGGUCAGGUUGAGAUUGUCCAGGUCAUGGAGGCCAGCACUGGUGUUCUCCGUGGGCUAAACGCUCAAAUUGGUGGUGCCGAACGGGUCGAGGAUGUGGUUGAGUCACUGCGUGAGGAGAUGGCCAAGGUGGAUGAGGUUGGCAGUAUUAUUAAUGAAGCCGGCCCGGUUAUCGAUGAAGGCGAGAUCGACGAUGAACUGGAAGCCAUGGAGAAGAGCGACCAGGAGGCAAAGGAAGAACGAGAAGCAGAGGAAACUCGGCAAAGGCUCGCAGAGCUGGACAGCAUCAAGCAAGCUUCGGACGAAGCAGCCCGCCGCGCACAAAAGACGAAAAAUGUGGACUCUGAGCUGGCAGAGAGCAUUGAUAGGCUCUCUAACAUGUCAGUUGAAGAUUCCCCGUUGCCAGCUAAAUAA